GGAGUUAAAAAUAAAUAGAUAAAUAAAUAAAGUAUUACUUUAUUAGAAGGAUUUUGAUGACGAAGAAAAAGGGAAGAAAGCAAUAAGUUUGUUACAAAUAUUUCACAGCAAUCAAUUUGCACGCUUUGUUGGGGAUCGAGAAUGAGCACCUCAGCGGCUAUAGAACAAUUUGACAAAUGCAUGAAUGGGCAAAUAGAAGUUAUCGCACGGGUUUGGCAUUUAUUUCAAGCCUACAAAAAGGACAAAAGUCCUUUCAAAAUAGAUGAGGGUCUGUAUUUGGGUUCGAUUGGCACUGCAGUUAACAAAGCUUCUUUGAAAGACCAUAAUAUUACUCACAUUUUGACUGUGGCUGGUAGAAUACCACCUGCACAUCCUGAUGAUUUUGUCUAUAAAAUUAUACAUGUUGUUGACAAAGACGAUGAAGACUUAAGACAAUACUUCAAUGAGUGUUUUGAUUUUAUUGAUGAAGCCAAAAGACUCGGUGGAGGUGUUUUGGUUCACUGUUUCGCUGGAAGAUCAAGGAGUGUGACUAUAGUUGUUGCAUAUCUGAUGAGGACUCGUGGAAUGAGCCUUUCUGAAGCUCUGCAACAUGUAAGGAGUAUACGACCAGAAGCACGUCCCAAUCAGGGUUUUAUUUGUCAGCUGGAGGACUUCGAAAAGUCUCUUCAAGGUGCCUCUAAGUCACUUUAGUCUCUUUAUUUCAAUUGCAUCCUAACUUGAUGCAUUAUUCAUAAGCUUAUCUGAAAUAUAUUGAACCAUCAAGAUACAUUUAAAAUUACACAUCGUUGCAUGUAAGGAGGUGUAAUCUGUAAUGAUAGCUUAAACCUAACGAUUUUACGUGCACACUGUUAAUCUAGUAGAAUGUGCAUGAUAAAGAAAGUAAAGAGUUUUGUUUUCAAUUAA